AUGCACCUAGUCAACAACGAGAUUUUACUUUGUAANGACGACUAUUCAUCGUUGUCAAUUUACCAUCGAAAAGCAAAUGAGUUACCAGCGUAUGUUGCAGUAACCAGUCAACAGAUGAGUCAAGUAUGGGUCGGUAUGAUUGAAGAGAUCUAUCAAGCACCUUUCUUUUCACUUUCAUCAUUAAAUAAUAACACCAUUUAUGAUCUGCCAAGAACACAUGCAGCAACAUCAGAAUGUGGAAUGAAAUAUUGCAAUAUAGAAGGCGUAGCAUGGCAAGAUGAAGGUGAACUCAUUCUGGUGUCUGACAAGGCCAAAAAUGAUCAAGAUACUCAAUGUAGGGAGAAAGAGCAGAGUAUACACUAUUUUUUUUGCCGUAAAAUCUGUCAAACUAAAAAAUAA